GUUAAUGAUGGCGUGCCUGUUGGAGGCCCCUUUACGCAUCAGCGUGUUAUCUGAAGUCACAGCCACGAGUCGCCACUAUGUUGACCGGCUUUUCGACCCCGACCCACAGAACGUCCUGCAGGGAGUCAUUGACAUGAAGAAUGCUGUCAUCGGAAACAACAAACAGAAGGCCAACCUGAUCGUGCUGGGAGCCGUGCCAAGACUCCUGUAUCUCCUCCAGCAGAGCUCCUCCACUCUGGAGCUGAGGACUGAAUGUGCGGUUGUGUUGGGCAGUCUAUCCAUGGGCACCGAGAACAACAUCAAGUCCCUGGUGGACUGUCACAUCAUCCCAGCCCUGCUGCAAGGUCUCUUGUGUUCUGAUCUGAUCUUUAUUGAGGCAUGUCUGCGCUGUUUAAGAACUGUUUUCAUCAGCCCAGUCACACCAGUCCAGCUGCUCUACACAGAUCCCACCGUGAUCCCCCACCUCAUGUCUUUGUUGAGUCGGUCACAGCACACGCAGGAAUACAUCACGCAAAUCUUCGCCCACUGCUGCAAGACUCCUGAACAUCAGACAGUGUUGUUCAACCACGGUGCCAUCCAGAACAUCGCUCCUCUGCUUAUCUCUCCAUCUUAUAAGGUACGGAUGCAGGCGUUGAAGUGUUUCUCAGUCUUGGCCUAUGAGAACGCUCAGGUCUCCAUGACACUGGUGAAUGUGCUUGUAGAUGGGGAGCAGCUUUCUCAGGUUUUUGUUAGAAUGAUGCAAAGGGACAAACCUAUCGAAAUGCAGCUUACAGCCGCCAAAUGUUUAACAUACAUGUGUCGAGCAGGAGCCAUCAGGACAGAAGACAACUGCAUUGUACUGAAGACUCUGCCAUGCCUGGUCCGGAUGUGCAGUAAAGAGCGGUUACUGGAGGAGAGAGUGGAGGGUGCAGAGACGCUGGCCUACCUAAUGGAGCCAGAUAUUGAACUGCAACGCAUUGCCAGUGUCACAGACCAUCUUGUAUCCAUGUUAGCUGACUACUUUAAAUACCCAAGCUCUGUCAGCGCCAUCACUGAUAUUAAAAGGUUGGAUCAUGACUUGAAACAUGCACAUGAGCUUCGACAGGCAGCCUUUAAACUCUAUGCUUCACUGGGGUCUAAUGAUGAGGACAUCAGGAAGAAGAUUACAGAGACGGAAAACAUGAUGGACAGAAUUGUUAGCGGCUUAUCAGAAUCUAGUAUCAAAGUACGGUUAGCAGCAGUCAGAUGUCUCCACAGUUUAUCACGAUCAGUACAACAGCUAAGAACGAGUUUCCAUGAUCAUGCCGUAUGGAAACCACUAAUGAAGUUAUUACAGAACGCACCAGAUGAGGUGCUGGUCAUGGCCUCUUCAACACUAUGCAACCUUCUUCUGGAAUUUUCACCCAGUAAAGAGCCUAUCUUAGAGUCUGGGGUCAUCGAGUUACUAUGCAGCCUCACGCAAAGCGACAGUUCAGCUCUGAGGGUCAACGGCAUCUGGGCUCUCAUGAACAUGGCAUUCCAGGCGGAUCAGAAGGUGAAGGUGGAGAUCGUUCGAGCUCUGGGCACGGAACAGCUCUUUCGACUCCUGUCUGAUCCUGACACCAAUGUUCUCAUGAAAACACUUGGGCUGCUCCGAAACCUGCUCUCCACCCGGCCGCAUAUAGACCAGAUCAUGAGCUCACAUGGGAAGCAGAUAAUGCAGGCGGUCACGCUUAUCCUGGAGGGAGAGCACAGCAUAGAGGUCAAAGAGCAGACAUUAUGUAUAUUAGCCAACAUUGCUGAUGGAAACACUGCCAAGGAACUCAUCAUGACCAAUGACGACAUGCUCCAAAAGAUUAAAUAUUAUAUGGGUCACUCCAAUGUAAAACUGCAGCUGGCUGCCACCUUUUGCAUCUCUAAUCUCAUCUGGAAUGAGGAGGACGGCUCACAAGAGAGACAAGAUAAGCUGAGGGAGAUGGGCUUUGUUGAUAUUCUACACAAACUUACCCAGGCAUCAGAUCCCAACCUCUGUGACAGGGCAAAAACGGCGAUGCAGCAGUAUUUGGCAUGACCUCGAAGGAAGGCGCGAUACGGCCUCACUAACAAUCUCUAGGAGGAGCACAUUUCCUGCGUUUUUGUUUUAGAUUUCGUUUUGCUCUUCCUUUUUUGUUUGGUUGCACAAGACACCUUUGGUUGUGAAGACCCCGAACAGCUUGGUAAAUCAGAGACACGGUUGCCAGGGGGCCACAGCACCGUUUGGGCUUUCAGUUCCGUCAACUUCUGUUUUCUCCUGGAACUAUGAUUUUUGGUUUUGUUCGCUUUUCGGACUUAACGUGAAGGAAAACGAAAGCCCCUCAAAGUGUGUUGCAGCGCCACCUGGUGGAUUGAGGCUUUGAUGCUUUGGACUCCCUUUGGAGAAAGCGGAUUGACCUCUCAGUGCUACGCUUACUGGAGCUUAGCCUCCGCAUUUUGGUUUUCUUAUUUACUAUUGAUGAUGAUAUUAAUUAUUAUUAUUUUAAGUGGGAUUUUGAAACAAGGUUAGAAAAA